AUGGCGGAGAGAUUGUCGAAAAACUUUGGCAACCUUGUGUUGGGAGGGCUUGGCAACCGCAAUGGCGAUGAUAAGGAGCAGGAAGAGGAGUCUGCUCAGACGGAAGGCGAGAAAAGCCCGGCGGGCAAAGCUGAUGGUGGUGUCCCGGAGCCUGGUGCAGUGGCCACCUACAACUUUAUGCCCUUGCGGUGGACCAUGGCAAUUCCUCUUAAGGAGGGGCUACAAAUCCGUUGUGCUUUUUGCGGCACGGCAGCGGAGGGCCGGCAGUUCGUGGAGAAGGCCAAGUCGUUGGGACAGAUCCGGGAGCUCAACGAAGUUGAUCAGCAGCGUCAGAAGCAGGCCAGGCAGCAACUGGUAGACAAUGUGGCUUCAUUGAAGCGGAGCCACGAUGCAGCAAUCCAUCUGGCGCAGUUGCUGCCGGCCGGAGGUCGCGCGGCCAAACUUCGCCGUGCGGUCUCUCACCUAGGUGAGGUUCUGGUCAUUGGCAGUCGGGUUACAGCUUCGAGGGUCAGAUCGGCCAGGGAAAGCGUGGCUGACACUUGCCCAGCAGAAGAAGACGCAGACUUUGGCGAUGAUGCAGUUGUGUGA